UUCCUACUCCUCCGCUCCUCGUUCUCUCGGGACACGCUUAGCAGAGGCAGCUUGGCAUAUUGCCAGCCGAGUUUAGCAGCCGAUUUUUACACACAGGAAUAACUAUCACGUUUAUUUAAACCAAGCAACAAUAUUGGAAAAGGGAUAAAGAGUGGGAAGGGAGCAAAAGGGGGAAGAAAAAAUUGAGGGAGAGACAGUGAGAAAAAAAAGAGAGAAAGAGAGUGGGAGAGAAAGCGAGAUGGAUGAGAAAGAGGGAGAAAGUUUGUAAAAAAAAAAAAGAAAGAAAAUGGGGGAAAGACCUGCAUAAACGGAAGAGAUAGUAACCAAAAACAUUAAAAAAAGAAAAACGGGCUGGGUUUUUCAUAGUUUUCUUUACACCUUUUUUUUUCUUUGUUUCAUCUAUUCAGGGUUAUUUUGUCACUCAAUCACUAAACUGCCUGGCUUAAAACUCCUUCGCUCCUUUUCUACUUCCACUCAGCCAGCCACUCACUCACUCACUCACUCCCACUACCUUCACUCACUUUACUAGUUUCUCUUCCUCUCACCACCACCACCACCACCGCCAUUACUAUCGUGUGUCUCACUCUCUUCCCACCUGUACAACAACAACUGAACUGUCCACGUUACUUAGUUAUAUACGGCCCACCGGUCCGGUCGGUCGGUCGACACAUGAAUGGAGGCCUUUUCUUUUUGUUCAUCACCAUCAUUCCCAUUAUUAUUACUACUAUUAUUAUUAAUACUAUCGCAACAGUCUUUACCGGUGUGGACACUGGAGGUGUUAUUUUCCACUUAAAACCAUGAACAGUCGACAAAAAUCUUGGACAUAAACGUCAACUCGCGAUCGUUUGUAAAUUAUUCAUAUUUUGUUAUUAUUUUUUUUGUUUGUGUGUGUGUGGUUUUCUUUUCUGCCGCAACAGGGGGAAAAAAAGGAAAAGGAAAAGGUCACCAAACCCCCAUAAAAACACAAGGUGUCUGUUCGAGAAUAGCUUAACCCGCUUCUAUCCCCUCCACACCUUACACACACACAGAUUAUAUUAUAUAUAUAUAUAUAUAUAUAGGCCCUAUUGUUUAUUGAAAAAAACAAGUCACUUCCUUUUCAGUCUCUCGCUUUGUUAGAUUAAAGAUAAAACUUAAAAGCUAAUCAGUUUUACCUGGUGUAAAAAAAAAAAAAUAGUGAAAUAAAACAGGAAAUAGAUUUAAAAAAACCACAAAAAACUCCUCAGUUGUGGGUGAAGAGGCGAUAACAAAUAGCAAAGUGUAAACCUAACUUGUUUUUACUGUACCUCGGCCUUUUACACUUUUUACUGAAGCAGAGAGAGAGAGAAAUAAGGUACACUUAAGGACAGAUCCCGGAAAAUAUGACAAACCGGGGGAGUAGGUUACAUUUCAUGUGGAUAUUUAUCCUUGGAUAUUUACUCUGGAGUCCUCAUGCUUCGGCAAACGAGUACAUCACAUCUUUGCACAAAGAUAAACCCAGUCCUCCAGCAUUCACAGAAGAAUUGAAAGCUGGUAGUGUGAAAAAAGUUGGAGAACGCCAGAUACUUAGUUGUCGAGCUUUUGGACUGCCAACACCAACAUAUUCUUGGUUGAAAAAUGGCCAAGUAUUUAAUGAUACCACUAAUAGCUAUAUUGAACUGGAGCUUAAGCAUUCUGAUGCUGGGGAGUACCGUUGUAUAGCCAAAAACUCCCAAGGGUCUAUCAUCAGCAACAAAGUUCAUGUCGAAGUUUCAUAUAUCAGCUCUUUUGAUAUGACCUCAAUACCUCAAACAAUCAGUGCUAAUGUUGGAGACCCCAUUAUUUUACCUGUACCUCCUAUAGAAAGUGUGCCUUUUCCUGAAAUAACGUGGUUCAAUGGGACAAAAAGCUUAAAAGCUGGAAGUAAACGUUAUGACUUUACUGUAAACCAUUCAUUAGUCUUAUUGAAUUUGUCUCCUCAUGAUGAUGGCAGGACCUUCCAUGUCAGAGCCAACAACACACUAGAUGAACCAGUUUCCAGUGAAUCUUUCACUAUUUUCAUUACAAAUCCUAGAAAUAUACCAAGAAUUGCUCCAACAAUUGUUGUUCCUCCCGUUGAUACAACUACUAACAACAAUGAAAUCACUCAAUUUAUCUGUAUCGUCAAUGCUAGACCAUUAAAAUAUAACAUCACGUGGUUCCGAAAAGUGAAAAACGAAAGUAUCUUACUGACUGGACCUAAAUACAUUCUAUCAAAAUAUAAACGGAAAUUAAAUAUUAAAAAUCCUACAACAGCCGACAGUGGAAUCUAUGAAUGUGUUGUGCAAUCAAACUACCCCACUGUCAGAGCAUCCGCUCGUCUCACCGUACUAGUGCCUCCAUUCAUUGAAGCUGAUGAAGUCAAAUCUAGACCAGAUUAUGGUAGCAAUGUGCAACUGCACUGCACUGCCUUUGGAACACCAAAACCUCACAUUCAGUGGUACUUAAAUGCUGAAGAAAUUACAUCCUCUAACAGUAAGCAUAGAAUUCUUCCCAAUGGAACUCUGAAAAUUAACAAUGUUAACUCCAUGGACUCUGGGAAAUACCAGUGUUUUGCUCAAAAUGCUGCCGGGGAAACUUAUAAAUCAUUUCACCUUGUCGUAAACAGUUCACCUCCAGAAAUACUAGGAUCAAAAUUAAAAAAUCAAACUGUUUGGGAAGGAUCAGAUGUGCGACUUACAGUUAAUGUUAAAGGAGCACCAGGCCCAAGUGUUAUUUGGUCCCGUUAUAUUGGUAAUGACUGGGAGAACAUUAGCAGCACAGGUCGUUUACAGUUGGUUCAACCUGACCUCUUACUUAUCGCUAACAGCAAACCGGAUGAUACGGGCUUCUAUAAGUUUGUUGCAUUCAAUGAAAUGGGAAUCAUCCAAUCUAAAAUGUAUCUUCUUGUUAAGAGAAAAACUCAAAUCAGUCUUCCCCCACAGACCCAAGCUUUAGUUUUUGGUAGCACAGCAAUUCUUCGAUGUGGUGUCAGUAGUGAUCCAUCAGUGACUGUGAGUUGGCAGUGGAUACACGAGAAACCCCCAGAUAAUAAAAGAACUAUUAUCAAACCCAGUGAACGACACAGCAUUGAGAAUGGGACACUGCGUAUCAAAAGUGUCAAUGGUAUUGAUGUUGGUAAUUACACCUGCAUUGUUACUUCCUCUGCAGGCAAUGAUAGCAGAAUGGCUUCUAUUACUGUUAUGGAAGUACCAUAUCCUCCAAUUAUUCUAAAUGUGUUUGCACACAGCAACUCUCCUGGCAGCGUAUCUAUCACAUGGCAAGCUGGUGAUGAUGGUAACUCCCCGAUCACAGGUUACAUUAUACAACAUAAGCUAAUUAAUCAAGGUUCUCCUUCCAGCAUAUUGAAUCCUCCCUGGGACACUUACCAAAAUACAAUUGAUGCUCAGGUUCGUAACUACACUGUAACAGGUCUGCAGCCUGCCAGUUACUACCAGUUCCGGAUUAUGGGAGUCAAUCUGGUGGGUGAAGGCAGGGCCAGCGAACCAGCUCCCGACCCACCACUACUUAUACCCCAGCAGCAAGCACCAAGUGGUCCACCAAGAAAUCUAGUUGGACGUCCUCUAAGUAAUUCCUCUGUUUUAAUCAACUGGCUACCCCCUUCACAGGUUCACUGGAAUGGCCCAUUGACUGGUUAUGUCAUUCGUUACAAACCACAGAGUUAUAAUGAUAAAUUCGCCCAACAAGAGGAAGCCGGUGUCAAAAACCAAAUGAAAGUCAUAACUGGCCUGGUAACAUUUACACACUACGAAAUCAAGAUAGCUGCUCGCAAUGCCAAAGGAAUUGGUGUCUUUAGUAAAUCUAUAACUGUUCUAACAGAGGAAGGUCGCCCCACAGCACCUCCAACCAAUGUCACUGCUCUAGCUAUUAAUUCCACUGUUAUUGAAGUAAAAUGGAAGCCACCUCUUUCAUCUCAAAUUUUUGGAUUACUCUUAGGGUACCAUAUCAUUGCCCGUCCUAUAGAUAAAGAAUCUGGUGCUGAAACAGUAUCUGUACAAAUAACGGUAAAUUCUGAGAAACGGUACGGAUGGCAAGAAGGUUAUAUUGGAAAUCUAGAGAAGUUUGCUAAUUACAGACUCACGGUUGACAGCUACACUUUGAAAGGUUCCGGCCCAGAAAGCGUGCCUAUAACUGUAAGAACUUUGGAAGAUUUUCCUGAUAAAGUAGCGCAUAUUGGCUUCAAGAAUGUUACAGACCGUUCCGUUGUAGUGAUAUGGAAAGCACCACUUAAGAAAAAUGGUAUUCUUCUAGGUUAUAUUUUGGAGUACGUUGAAAAGAAUUCCACCAAUGUAAAUUCUAAGCCCUUUAGUCCUCAGCAGUUAAGUUACAAAAUCCCGUCACUGAAACCAACGACAGUAUACACAAUUUCUGUAGCUGCACGGACAAGAGUUGGCCGUGGCCCCUUCUAUUCUGCAGAUGUUCGUUCAGGAUUUACACCAGUGCCUCCUGGAGCACCAAGCAGCUUAGGAAUCAGUAACAUUCAUCCCAGAUCUUGCCAACUAAGAUUCACUCCAGGUUUUGAUGGUAAAACUUCCAUUACCCAGUGGAUAAUUGAAGCUCAGGUUAAUUCAGAUAAGAAAUGGAAAAAAAUCUACAGCGUAUCUGCUCCCGAUGCUACAACCCUGAGAAUUCCGAAUCUAUUCCCUUACACACAUUAUCGUCUUCGCAUCAUAGCUGAAAACACUGCCGGUCGUAGUAACCACAGUGAGCCAUCUCGACUGUUUCAAACAAGUCCUGCUCCACCCAGUAGACCUCCUGGAAAUGUUACAGUUCAAGCUAUCAAUGAGACAGCAUUCCGUAUCAGCUGGAUGUUAUUAACAAAGCAAGACUGGAAUGGAGUACCCCGUGGCUAUGAAAUAUGGUACAAAGUUGUUGGCAGAAAUGAAAGUUGGACAGUAGUUACUCUGGAGAAUGCUUUCAAUAAUUACAGCUAUAUUUUGAAUGGUCUCAAUGAAUGGGUGCUGUACAAAGUGAAGAUGAAUUCCUAUAAUUUUGUUGGCAAAAGUCCUUUCAGUCCAGUAAUCAGCCAAAAAACCAUGGAGUCUGUGCCAUCAUCUGGACCAAGCAAUGUAACUGGAGAAGCAGUUUCUUCCUCUUCUAUUGAUAUCCAGUGGGGGGAUGUGCCUCUCCUUGAACAAAAUGGCCAAGUCCUUGGAUAUAAGAUCAAAUAUCAAGCUGUGGAUGAAGGAAUGGUGCCAAAAUUCCAAACUGUGAAUAACGAAACAAGGCAAUAUGAAUUGCGUAACCUGUUGAAGUAUGUCAGCUAUAAGAUAAAUGUGCUUGCCUUCACUAAAAUGGGUGAUGGUGUGCUCAGUGAACCAACACUAUUUAUCAGAACUAAAGAGGAUGUUCCUGAUCCACCUAUUAUAAUAUACUUUCCUAAUGUAACAUAUGAAAUGGCAAAAGUGGUAUGGGCACCUCCAAAGAAACCAAAUGGCAUCAUUCUGAAAUACAGAGUGACUUACGGACUAAGAGCUAACUUUAGUUAUCAAAAACCAAAUUAUACAAUUGUAAAUGCUAAUGUAAAUAGCUUCACAGCAUACAACCUCAAGAAAGAGAAGUAUUAUACUUUCAGUGUUGCUGCUAAGACUGCCCUUGGCUGGGGAAAUGCAAGUGAAGUUAUAGUGUUCACUACUGCUAAAAGAUAUCCUCCUGAAAGCCCGUCAAAGCCAGUUGAAAGUUCCCGAGUUUGGUCACGAUCUAUCACCGUCAGCUGGCAUCAUGGUAACGAUGGCUAUGGACCAUUGCGGAACUUCACUAUCCAAUAUCAGAAAAAAUACCAGCAAGGUUGGGACACAGUGAAAAGUGUUGUGCCACCUACUGUGACAACAUACACCAUUACAAACUUGAAGCCUAAUACUAUCUAUCGAUUCCGAGUGGCAGCCACAAAUGAUAUCGGUACCAGUAAUUUCAGUGAGAGCUCCGAUGAUGUUCGUACAGAAGAAGAUAAGCCAGAAGAGGCACCACAGAAUGUAAAAGUGGUUGCUGUAUCUACAAAUUCAGUCAAUGUUACUUGGCAGCCACCUACUAAAAGUUCCUGGAAUGGCAUUCUGAAGGGAUACAUUGUUGAAUAUUGUAAAGAAAAUAAUGCAGAAUUCAAAGUCAAAGUAUCAUUUGAUCCUAAUUCAAGCACAAUAUGGAAAGAGCUCACUGACUUAGACAAGUUUGUGACAUAUGAAUUUCGGAUUUUGGCCUACAAUAAGAAAGGAAAUGGACCAACUAGUAAACCUGUUAUGUAUUUUGUAGGCUAUGCACCGCCAUCUGCUGCACCGUUGAAUGUUACAUCUGUAGCUGUAAGUGGUUCAGAAAUCAAAGUUUCCUGGUCACCACCCUUGAAAAGUACUCAAAACGGCGAAAUAUCUGGCUAUAAAGUUAUCUACCACCGUAUUUUCAAGAACAAAAGUGUCGACCGAAAAGAAAUAACAUCAUUAAAGCUGCAAGUUUCCCUUGUAAAAUUGAAAAUGUAUACAGAAUAUUCUAUAUCUGUGUGUGCCUUCACUACAGCAGGUCAGGGUCCCUUAACAAAACCUGUUAUUGUACGCACAAAAGAAGGAGCACCUGGAGCACCUGGCAAAUUGAAGUUCUAUAACAUCAUGCUACACUCACUCAAUGUCAGCUGGUCGGAACCAAGUGAACCAAAUGGAUUGAUAAGAUACUACCAUGUCAUAUUUUCCCAGAAAUAUACUGAUGCAGGUGGUAAGAAAAUGGUGCAGCUGACCAUACCUGGUGAUAGAUUAUAUUACCAUGCUAAGGAGCUUGAGGCGAAUAAAACAUAUGAAUUCACUGUACAAGCUGAAACCAUUAAAUUGGGAGCGAAACAAGUUGGAAAAGUUACGACUGGGCCUCAGAUUGGAUCACCUACUUCUCCUGUUACACCACAGAUUGAAAUGACUGACCGAGGAGUGAAUAUAACAUGGCGUAAAGGCUAUGAAGGAGAUUACCCAAUUCUUGGCUAUCUUCUACAAGCCAAAAAGCAAGUUUGUUUUAGCCAUCACGGCCAAGGCCAUGCUGGAGAUGGAGCACCAGAGUACAAAUAUAGCAGAUCAAACUACCAUGUAGAGGUUCCAUUGUUGACUCGUGAACCACAUGCAUACCAGCCUAGGGACCCAGAAAGUGACAAGAAGGGAUAUAGGAAGGUUUGUGACUGUGAUCCUCUAAGCAUGCAAGCAGCUCGCAAGAAAAGAGAAAGUGUUAAAAACUCUACAACUAUCAGAGGAAAAUGGACUGAUAUUUUGUUGAAGGAAUCACCACAGACUGGUGCAUUGCUUAAUAUUCACAGCUUAGAUACUGGCAAAGUGUACCAAUUCCGUGUGCUUGCCUACAAUUGGCUUGGAAUUGGACCUCCAAGUGAACCAUCUAAACCUAUGUUGAUACAAGAUCCAGAAAAAGGUGAAAUUGGGAAAAUGCGUACAUUCAGUGAACGGCCGUUUCAUACAGAAUGGUGGUUCUUGCUUAUUAUUGCCCUGAGUGGUUUAAUUGUCAUAAUGGCUGUUGUGCUGUUAUUGGUCCUGGUUGGCAGGAAGCGAAAGAUGACCCGUGAAACUAUUCGUAGACGUAACACCCCACCUCUUCCACUGGAGCCCCCAGUACUUGAUGAUGGAGGAUUUUCCACAUUUGAUCGACGUCAGUCACGGAGAACUAUCGGUCAUCGUACCAAUUCUUUGCGUAGUAUGAGAUCACCACCACGACCCAGUCCUGCUAGUGUGACAUAUUCUGAUGAUGAUUUGGACACUAAACCUCCGUUAGAUGACAACAGUAGUAGCUUAACAGAAAAGCCAGAUUUAGAAGAGUUGACAGAACCAAGUGACGAGAGUGAAGAUGAAACUGUAAAGAAUACAAAUACCACAACUGCUGGAACAUUCUACAAUCAGUACGUUAACGAUACAGUCCGCCAGUCUUGGCAACAGAGCAAUCCUCGAUCAAUGUAUAGCGCCUACAACUACACAGACAGUGAGGAAGCUGACAGUAGCACUUACGGCAUGAACGUUAACGGUGGCUACAUGAUGGUUAAUAACACUGCAGGAUCUCGAACACCAGUCGCAGGUUUUUCAUCAUUUGUUUAAGAACUUGAUCAGCUUUGAUUCAUUUUGAAAGAUUUCUAGCUUUAACAGAGAUAGAUUUGAUGAAGAAGAAACAAUAUGAAUGAUAAUAAGAAACGAAUAACCAGAAAGAGAAAACAUCAUAAUCAUCAUCAAAAUCUGUGCCAAAAAGAAAUUUGCAAAGAACAAACUGUCAACAUACAUGCAUAAUGUAUUUAUGCGAUAUAUAUGCACACUUGCAUGUAUAAUGUGUAUGGUUUGAAAUGUUAUGAAGCGUGGCUUGCUCUGAUAAAAACCAUUGCAACUGGUCAGCAAUAAUCUGGGUGAUUGUUGCAAUCAAUAAUGCACUGAUAUUGCAGUUUGGUCCAUGGUCUAUGGUCCAUUUUACUCUGGAAACAAAAGAGUCUGGGACAUCUAUGCUUGUCAACUCUCCCCCCCACCCCGUUUGUGAUAUUUCUUUUAUAUGUGAGGAAACAGUAUGGACUCCUUCCAAUCUAUCAAACAUUCUAACAAACUCAUAUACAAACACACACACACAUAUAUAUAUACACACACAUAUAUACAAACACACAUAUAUCUGUGUGUGUGUAUAUAUGUAUGUGUGCAUGUGCAUAUAUAUGUAUGUAUAUAUAUAUAUAUAUAUAUAUAUAUAUACACAUGCACACACACACAUAUAUAUGAGAGGAAUGUAAAAUUCCAGUUAAUUUAUAAUAUGCCUGACAUAUUUUUUAAAUGUCAAAACCAAAAAAUAUAUCGCAUCAAUUUUAUUCUUUUAUUUUCCAUUUUUAUGUCCUUUCCAUUUCUUUUUUUUCUUUUUUCCAAUCCCCGACCCUCACACACACACACAACACACACACACACAUAUACACACAAAUGCACACAUACUUUUUUCAGUUGAAAUUUUUUUUUUUCUUUUACUCCAGCUAUUAUAAAAUAAUCAUUGAAGCAAUCAAGUUAAUUGAAUGAAAUAGAUCAAUGUACCUACCAUUGUCAGAUUUUCAUGAUUUUCCU